UCAAGGAAGGUGGUUUCAAAAUAUUCCUUAGGUUUAGGCCAAAGCCGCGCCAACCACUACCCAACCUUCCCUCAGGAAUCACAAUGCUACCCUUCCGUCAACCAUGAAGAAGUUCAAAAACCAUUAAAAAUGUGCCAUGGGCAUUAGACCCCAAUUGAAGGAUGAAAACCAAGUCACCCUCUUUGAUCGUUCUUGCAAAAAGACCAGGUGACCGCUUAGAAAUUAAUUCCUCCAAGUGGAGCAAAAAACGGUUUGCACUUUCCUUCCCCAUAAAAACAGAGUGCAUUGAGGUAUGGCCUCUCUCAAAGAUCCGUAAUAAGAAAUAAGAACCCCCUUCCUCAAUGGAAAACUCAAACGUUUUGGAUUCAAUGAAGAAAAAAGAAGAACCACCCAUUGCGAAUAGGAAGGAAGCAGCAACUACCAAACAAGGAAGAAAGCACGAAAAACGCAUAGAAAAAAGCAAGAGGACAGAAAAAUCUAUGGCUAAUUUGAGGUAGCCAGGCCUCAAACUCACUGUUUUAUCGAGCAAGAAUCACUCUGUUUUUUGUCACAAAAAUAGAGGAAGAAAGGAAAAACCAUAAAACCAGAGAGAGAGAGAGAGAGAGGUCCUUUGUAAUAUUCAAGCAUACUUAUUUUGUUUUGAAAUUGAGGUUUACAAAGUAAUCCAAUUAUCAAUGCCAGUUGUCCUUCAAAUUUCAUAUUUGUUGAGUUUUUGGUAAUUCAUGAAUGUUUCAAUAGUAUAGACUUGUGAACUGGCUGAGGCCGUAGCUGAAUGUUUCAAUUCUUAGAGCUGUUCGUUUUUUGAUCUUACAUCUUGUGAAUAAAUUAUAGCAUAGAUUUUUUGAUAAGUGAUUCGUAGCAUAGAUUUGUGGGUUUUAUUGGGCAACGUGGGAAAAAGAACAAUUAGAGUUUGUUUAGUGUGGAAAUUGAGCCGUUAGGUUUGAAUCUCUGUUUGUGUUGCUUUUUAUUUGGUUAGUGAGAAAAUGUGAGGUGAAUCAAAAUACCAAUUUUGAUAAUUUUGAGUAAACAAUUUUGUUAAUUGUGUUUGGAUGAUUUGUAAUGUAAUAAACUAUUAAUAUUAAUAGCUAUUCCAUUGAGCUACUUAGUUGAUUGUUUCUUUCAUGGUAGAUAACUUUUAUGUUUGCCUCAUAUGGAGAUUUGUAUAGAUAAUUUUUUCUCUUACGUCAAAACAGAAAUAAGAGUACAGAGGUUAGACCUUCCGAGAAGAUUUGUUCGAGUACAACAGAGAAAUAAGAGUACAGAGGUUAGACCUUCCGGGAAGAUUGGUUCGGGUACAACUGAGAUACCAUUUUCCAUGUUUUUGAGACAGCCAGGAAAAGACAACCUAGAAAGAUUUUAUGAGACCUUCCAUGGAUUCAAUAUCAGUGCUCAGACAAUAAAGUACUUACUUUUGGUGACUAAAGUGAAAAAAAGAAGUAGAUUCCUUGAACAAUAAGGAUUUUAUAGCCUUAAAAAUGUUGGAGAAUUGUCCAAAAGAUUUCAAUAGCUUUACCAUUCGCAACAUGUUAUUGGAUGCCAAUGCUAGGGUUGAAAGAGUGAAUAAUCCAAGUGAAUCAGCAAAAACAACACAAUCAAGGAAGAAAUGGUGGAAGAAUUUGUUGAAACACUUGAAAUACCGAGGUAAUUGGGUAGAAGGGAAUCGUGGCUAUAUAAUGGUAGUGGCUACUGUGAUUACAACUAUCACUUUCCAACAGGCAGCUAGCCCCCCAGGCGGUGUUUGGCCACAAAGUGGAAAUGUUACUCAGUAUAUUGAUCGUUUUGCAUCUUCUGGUUAUAACAUCAAAGUUGAUGUUGGAAUGUCAGUUGUAGGUUCC